AUGGUUAAUGUCAAGUUCUACAGGACACACACAGGACACAGUCUCUCUGUGGGUAGCCUACAUCUGACCACAGCUGACAGGGCAAUGGUUGCUGAAUUAAUUGCACAAGGUGUUCCUGAUACUACAAUUUUGAAGAAAGUGAGAGAGAGCAUUCAAGUUGGACUCUUCAGAAGAGUUCAUCUUUUAAGCAAACAAGAUAUUAGAAAUAUUAGGAAAGAAUACAAGCUGGACGAUAGUAGUGCACACCAAGAUGAUGCAACCAGUGUUGAUCUGUGGGUGAGACAACAAGAGCGCCUAGGGAAAGAUUCCCCGGUGAUUUAUUACAAAGCCCAAGGCACUGAGGAUAAUGGAAACAAAUUAUCAGAAAGUGACUUUAUGAUAGUCCUUAUGACUGAGUAUCAGCAGAAAAUGGCAAAAAAAUUCUGUGCGGAAAAAGUUUUGAUAGACAGCACACAUGGCACUAAUAAGUAUAAAUUUUAUCUGACCACACUGUUGACCGUGGAUGAAUUUGGUACUGGAUGUCCAGUUUCUUAUUGCCUCAGUGCACAUACUGACACAGGGUCCAUGCAAGUUUUCUUUGAGCAGAUUAAAAAAUGUAUUGGAAACAUCAAAACAAAGGUAUUCAUGUCUGAUGACUGUGACUGCUACUACAGUGCCUGGAGUGUAGUUAUGGGCCAUAGUGAACAUAGGUUGUUACGUACCUGGCACGUUGAUCGGGCAUGGAGACGGAAUAUAUGUGCAAAAGUAAAUGGGAAUGCAAUGCUGAAGAGUACUGUAUACAAAGCUCUGAAAACUUUGCACUUACAGACAGAUAGAGAGAAAUUCUCAGAGCUGCUGGAUGGCUUUCUUACUUGGUGUGCAGAGGAGGAAGGAACUGAGGAGUUUGGCAAGUACUUUAAAGAUAGAUAUUCAUGGAGGGCACAUAUGUGGGCAUACAGCUACAGAAUUGGACUUGGCCUUAAUACAAAUAUGUUCUUAGAAGCAAACCAUAAAACUCUUAAAUACUCAUACUUACUGAAGAAAAUAAAUAACAGAGUAGAUAAAUGUAUCCAGGCCCUGUUGCACAGAACGAGGGACUCACUUUUUCAAAGAUUAAUAAGGCUUUGUAAGGGGACAGAGAGAACUACACGCAGUGCUGAAAUAAGUAAGAGUCACAGAAGAGGUUGUGGUAUCAAUAAGGAACUGAUACACUGUGUUGAAGAUGGCACAUGA